AUGAUUUCUCUCCUCCACUUCGGGUUUGUCAAGGCAAAUGACCAUUGCAGAGAGGGAAAAUGCCAAACAUAUUCUCUUGAUAUAUACGGAGAUGCCAUGGAGAACUCUGAGUUAGUUAGCCAUGUUUUUCACAAGUCUGCCAUGAUCAACCUAAUUCAGUGCUUCACAUGGUGUGUAGAUGACUGUCGGUGUUUGUCGUUUAACUGCAAAGAAAAUAAAGAAGGAAAAGUUUGCGAGUUGAAUGAAGGCAGCCACUUUACAAACCAAAGCUCUCUUAUACAUUCCCUGGGGUCACGUUACUACAUCCUUAACAGGAAAUUCAGCCAAAAGGUAUUACUUGAUUAUAGUUAUUGAAACAAACUACUGAUAGUUUGCGCUUUUUUAACACAAAUCAAUCAAGUGACUAAUACAGUUAUGUGAGCAAAAGCAUGAAAUGCUGGGAAAAUGUAUUUCAUUGGUGUGAUAAAAUUUUGAUGUAAAAAACCAACCCAUUUCCCAGGUAUUGUAGACUUAAUAUUGAGGAAAGUCCGGUUAACUAAUAUAGAAACCCUAUCAUUUAACAAAGUCGUUCUUUUAUAUGAGCCUAAAUCCUGUUUGGAUUGUUUUGUUUUGUGUACUUGGAUGUAUCAUUUUGGGCUAUCAGCGUGUAUUAGUUUAGUAUGGACGGACAGGUUAAUUAAAGACUGAAUGAACAAGAGCAUUUUGUGACAGAUGUUUCAAUUCAAAUGUUUCGAAAAAUACUGAAGUAUACAACAUGUUGCCCAAUGUAGUUAAGGUGUUUCGAUAUAGUUGUUCACAGACCAUACUGAUAUUUUUCAAUCGCUUUAAAAGUGAUUUUAUCCUUUUCUGA